AUGGAUCCUAAUGCAUUUUAUUUUAGGGGACGUAAAGAUUCUAAGGAAACGAGUAUCUCACCGCCACCCCCUCAACGAACCGGUUCCUCUUCGAGCCUGCACAAAUCUGGUCAUGUCCUAGGCCAUAGUCAUCGUUCAAGUCUCGCAGAGAAUUUGAGGGGCAUGCCACCGUCCCCGCGAAAUCAGCGACAUCCAUCUUUUACCCAGUCCGCUCUUCAGGAAUUACUCAACCACCCGCCAGCUCCGAAGCAGCAGAAUCCUCGCUUCGCUGGGAGGGACUGGCGCGAUGUUGCAAUCGGGGAGCUCGUGUCGAAAGAUGACGUUUCCUGGGUAGAACUGGAUACCGGCGUGCAGGAUGCCACAAUGGCGCUCCUCAAGAAUACCUCAAGCAAUGUCGUUAUCAUACGAGAGAAUGCUACCAGCACCAUUCCCAUCUCCACAUUCGAUUACAACGACUUAAACGCUUACAUUCUAGUCGUGGUCGGAUUAGCGCAUCCAAGCGACGACUUGGUAGAAUUGUACGAUUCCAUAGCAAGAAGAGCGCAGGCUAGAGACAACAUACCGCUCCGCGACAUCCAGCCGAUUUGUCGGAAAGAGUCUCUCAUCACCCUGCAGGGAGAUGAAGAUCUGGCCAAGGCGAUCGAGAUCUUUGGUAGUGGUGUACACCGGGUACUCGUCCGCAAUCACAAUGCCGAAGUGAUCGGUAUCCUAAGCCAGCUGAAGCUUUUAGAAUUCUUCUGGCACGAGGGUAUAAAUUUUCGCGUCAUCGACGAUCUGUACCCUAAGCUCUUGCGCGAGGUUGGCGUCGGCUCCCAGCAAAUAUUAGCUGUCAACGCAGAUAGUCCGUUGACAGAGGCUCUCAAUCUUAUGAACCAGGAAGGCCUGUCAAGUGUAGCCGUCGUUGACAAUGCUUUAAACGUCGUCGGCAAUAUUUCCACGGCCGAUGUCAAACUUCUUACCAACGCAACUAGUAUUCCAUUACUACAGAACUCAUGCAUGCAUUUUAUAUCGGUCAUCCUAACCGAGGAAGGUGUCGAGAAAGGAAAGGAUUCAUUUCCUGAUGUGGAUCGUAGAGUCUGCGUCUCCGUCUCCUUCCGCGCCAGGAACCCCGUCGCUAGGCCCCACCGUGUUCGUUCCGACUCCAUCUUCUUCGCAGACCUCUCUUACCGGCAGUCACUUCCCUCUGUUCCUCCAGCUUCUACUCUACCGGGGUCUCACCUGUCUGGCCGCCUAAUUGGUGUCGUUACCUUGACGGACGUUCUCAACCUUUUUGCAAGAUCUACGGGGUUAAAUCCGUCGGAUCCAAGCGAGCAGCGCGCAAGGAGGCGAAGAAGUUCGAGCAGUUCUGUACGCCCAUCUAUCGAGUCUACCCGUGCUAGCCUUGAUAUUCGACGCUAG